UCCAAGUGACAGCGCCACACACUUUUCACAAGCUGGCGACAAUCUGUAAACCGAAAACUACAUGUACAGUUAUCUGGUGAAACACCGCGAUGACGAGUCAUACACUGUUUGUGGUGUUGUUCCUGUGGAUGCAGUACAUCUGUACUGUAGGAACGUUCGACGGGGGUGUCUUGGAGGGUUUCGACGAUAACUUCGGUGGAAUUCCUGUUGAACCGACGCCUCAACCGGAAGAAGAAAUAAAGAAGCAGGACCUUGUUGGUGAUCCAAAAAACCGCGUCAUAAGUGCGGAGGCGCUUAAAAAUAUGGGAAGCAGUGAAUACAGUGAUGUCAUUGCUCAAGUUGUCGAGACAGCAGGAGGGCCACAAAGGUUUAAAGUGGAUCCCAAUUACAUUCCAGACAACAAAUUCGAACAUGACAGACAUCUUAUAUCAUAUUCAAAUGAUAAGCGUGACUUAUUGGAUUCACUACCGGAAGUCAGCCCUGAAAACGGCCCUGGGGAGACGGGUUACAGGGUAAAGCGAGCCUCUUUUAGUGAGGGGUAUUCAAGGACGUGGCCUUCAGGCGUUAUCCCGUAUACCGCAGCCAACAUGACCGAUGUGAAAUUCAAAGUGUGGAUUGACGCAGCAGUCGCCAUGUUUGAGAAGAAAACGUGUGUUCGGUGGGUACCCUAUACAAACCAACCCCAUCACGUGGAAUUUCUUGGAAAGGAAAAGGCAAUAUGCGCUGCAUACCUUGGCAUGCGAUCCCAAGAGAUUUCUCCGUUAUAUUUGUACGAGAUAGGCAACAAUUGUAGAGCGUACUAUGUCGUGGUGCACGAGAUGAUGCACGUGAUGGGUGCCGACCACGAGCAGUCUCGUGAGGACAGGUACAACAACAUACAUGUGGACUGGAACUGUAUCAGCAAAGGAGCUAGACAGAACUACAUGCUUUCUUUGUCUGCUGACGAGGAUUCGGAAUAUGACCUGGCAUCUAUGAUGCAAUAUAACCCUAACCUAUUCCGGGAAUGUGUUACUGAGGGUUUGUACGGAAACAAAACUAUGAGUGCGAAAAACUUGAGGCUUGAUUUUCUACUGUAUGAACUGGUCCAUCAACUUACCCAUUACGACAUUAAAUCUAUCACUGAAGCAUACCACUGCAAUGAAGGUUGUACUGAUAACUGUCAAAACGGUGGCUUCGUGACAAAAACGGUGGAGAACCCCCACUGUCACUGUGUCUGUCCAAAACACUUUUUUGGUGAUCAAUGUACAGAGAGGCAAAACGAAGGCGAAUGCGGUUCACACACAAUCCUUCAGAAAUAUCAACCCAAAAUAGUUAAAUCGAACGGUUACGAUCAGGGAUUUUAUGAACUUGAUCGAGAAUGCAUAUACCAGUUUACGUCGCCGCCCGGAACAAGAAUAAAGUUAGAAUUUGUGGACAUGGAGAUAACUGUAUCGGAUGCUGAAAUAACUACCUGUGUACACUUUAUAGAGGUGAUAGUUAACCUGAUGGGACAGGCAGGGCCAGAAGAAUGCGGUGUUUCUACGAACCUUACAUACUUCACCUCAAUCAACUCCGAGUCUAAUAUGGCGAUGCUGAAUCUGAACACUUUGCGGGCUGGUUCACCUUCCAGGGGAUUCAUGUUGAAAGCGACGGCAAUUGAAUCAGAAUGUCUGGAUCACCCCUGUCAAAACGGAGGAACGUGCAGUGACGUUGAGUCAACAGAUGGAACCUACCAUUUUGAAUGUGAUUGCCUAACCGGUUAUAGCGGUGACCGUUGUGACUAUGUUACAGCCGAGGGGUCCAAGACACCGACAUAUUCCUACGCGUACCUGUACGUGGACUCCCCUGUGAAUGGUAUUGGCGGUUAUGCGACUCUUCUCUCUAGUGUAACAUUCGAACCUGCCUACCGCUGCCUCAGCUUUUAUGUAGCCAUUAGGAAGGGCUCGUAUGACGGGUUGACUACAUAUAUACAGGUCUCGUACACGUCAAACACCCACACUGACCCACAAGUAGUAUAUGCAACAGACGACACCGCGUCAAAAUGGCGUCUACAGAAAGCCACGUUGCCUGAUGAAGACGAUGUAAAGAUACAAAUGACAGUCGAAAAUCCGGCCUACUAUGGAAUUGUUGCUCUCAAUAAUAUCUUGAUCAUCCCCGGCGCGUGCUAUGUAUGCGAUUCAUCGCCUUGUUUAAACGGAGGUACCUGUUCAGAGUCCGAAGUAAAUGACAAAGAAUUUGAAUGCUCGUGUCCAUUAGGAUAUCUAGGCCUAAUGUGCGAAACAUCUGUAUGUGAUUCCUCGCCUUGUGAAAAUGGAGGGGAGUGUGAAGUGACGUCAGAAAAUGCCGACCAAUACAAAUGCAACUGUGAACUAGGCUAUGUUGGACACACCUGUGAACAGUACGUUUGUGAUCCAUCUCCUUGCCAAAACGGAGGUGAAUGUGUCGUGACGGAUGCCAAUCCCAGUCAAUACGAGUGCAGAUGUACAUUUGGCUAUUACGGCUUUCACUGUGAACAAUAUAUUUGUGAUCCAAAUCCAUGCCAGCGUGGAGGAACAUGUAGUCCGUUUGAAGACACUUAUCAAUGUGAUUGCCUGUAUGGUACCGGGGGUAAAGACUGUUCUGUUGAUUUAACGACCCUUUGUUCCUUCGAAGAUAAUUCUUGCGACUUCCAAAAUUCCGUUCAGGAUUCUUGUAACUGGAAAACCAGAGUGGGACCUCCACCAACCCUAUACACUGGGCCAAAGUAUGCGUUCUCGGGGCAGACCUACCUCUACGUGGACUCCAGCGAAAAUAAAGGGAAAAUGUGUCGGUUCGAACUGACAAAAAAAUUUGACGACCGCGACCGUUGUAUCAUCCUGUUCUAUCUUAUGAGUGGGAGGUUUGUCGAUUCCCUCCGUGUGAAUAUGGAAGUGAAUAACAAAAGUACUAACUUAUGGUCAGCCUCCGGCAACAAGGGAAAGACGUGGAAACAUAAAAUGAUCGACAUCAGUACUAGUUCAGCUUCAUAUACAGCCGUACAAGUAGAUGCAACGACAAGACGCCUCUCGAUGGGAGAUAUCGCCAUCGACAACAUCCAAAUAAAGCCGUAUUCUUGCUCUAAAAUUGUAUUAUGUACUUUUGAAGAAGGUUUAACCACUUUUGCAACAACUUCAUGUGUAAAGUUAAAUCCAGACGUUAACUAUUACAGUAACUGGAGGACACGACAG